CCUAGUGGGACGGCUGCUGCGCUGCGUCUCCGGGGUCACCCGAGCGACUGCGAUGGCGAGCGCAGCUGCACCUGCGGCCGCGGUGCCCACCCUGGUUCCGCCUUUGGAGCAGCUCCGGCACUUGGCGGUGGAGCUGCGACUGCUCCUACCUCGAGUGCGGGUCGGCGAAGCCCGGGGCACCGUGGAGGAGUUUAAUCGGGAGACGUUCUGGAGAAGACUCAAUGAGGCCGCUGUGACCGUGUCGAGGGAGGCCACGACUCUGACCACAGCCUUCUCUCGGCUUCCGCUGCCGUCUCCACAGGAAACCCAGGGUUUCUGUGAACAAGUGUGUGCUGUCAUCACAGCAAUUAUUGCAGUAUACUUUUCACUUCCUAAGGAGCAGGGAAUCACACUGAGGAAGCUGGUUCGAGGCGCCACUCUGGACAUCGUGGAUGGCAUGGCUCAGCUCAUGGAAGUACUUUCCACCACUCCAGCCCAGAGCCCUGAGAACAAUGACCUUAUAUCCUGUAACAGUGUCUGGGUUGCAUGCCAGCAGGUUCCUCAAAUACCAAAAGAUAACAAAGCUGCAGCCCUUUUAAUGCUGACCAACAGUGUGGAUUUUGUGAAGGAUGCACAUGAAGAAAUGGAGCGGGCUGUGGAAGAAUGUGACCCUUACUGUGGCCUCUUGAAUGACUCUGAGGAGGACAACUCCGACAGCCACAGUAAUGGGGAUGACAUGCUGGGGCUGCCAAGUAAUCGGGAUUUGUAUUGGUCAGAAGUAGACCAGGAGCUCAUAAUCCCUUGCCUGGCACUGGUCAGGGCGUCCAAAGCCUGCCUGAAGAAAAUCCGGAUCUUAGUGGCAGAGAAUGGGAAGAAGGAGCAGGUGGCCCAGCUGGAUGACAUUGUGGACAUUUCUGAUGAGAUCAGCCCCAGUGUGGAUGAUUUGGCCCUGAGCAUAUAUCCACCUAUGUGCCAUUUGACAGUGCGAAUCAAUUCCGCGAAACUUGUGUCUGUUUUAAAGAAGGCACUUGAAAUAACAAAAGCAAGUCAUGUGACACCUCAGCCGGAAGAUAGUUGGAUUCCUUUACUCAUGAAUGCCGUUGAUCAUUGCAUGAACAGAAUCAAGGAGCUCACUCAGAGUGAAAUUCAGAUAUGAGUGUUCAGGUUCAUUUGUACUCUGCUCUCUUGCUCGCUCGCUCGCUCUCCGUGAUAGCUAGGCUCUGAUGUUUGCUUUUUAAAAUGGAGCCAGAAUGCUUGCUGGGAUACAAAGGGAGAUCCUAUCUAUAUUUAACAAAAAACACUUUUACCAAAGAUUCUUGGUUAGACCAGUCUGGCAAAUCAUAUGGGUGUGAUAUAUUUUUCUGUGCUAGAUACAACUGAUAAUAGCAUGCAUUCGUGAUCCUGAAUUGACUCUCAGAGGUUACUAGGGAAACUGCCUUAUUUGUAAUAAAUUAUGUUGUUUCAUUGUUAAAGAUGGUGGUGGUCUCAAUAAAAUGCUGACCUGCCAGUGAUUAAA